AUGCGACUUCCGACAAAUAAUACGUUCUUGAAUGCACUAAAAACUCUCGAAACACCAGUGAAUUGGGACGAUCUCCUUGUUCUACGAUCGCCAUUUAGAUUACUUUAUGCGUUACAGAUUGUUGAUUGGUUGUUAAGAGGAGGCGAUGAUGAAAGAAGUCAGAUCAAAGAUCAUCAUAAAAUUUUAACAAAGAAAGCCUGCCUUGGGCUUUUAUUGAAAAUAAUUAGUUUUUUUGCUAUUGAUAAUACGAUAGAAAGCGCCGAUAUUUUUAAAAGUUCUGAUUCCAAGAGUUUAAUUUCAAAAUUGAUUGAAAUAAUUGGUAAAUGUGUAGAUCCUUCUCAAAAUCAGGUUGAAGAUGAUUUAACAAUAAUACGACAUUCAAUGAAAUUAUUAUCAUGUCUAUGUUUACGUGACGAAUCUGCAAUAUCAAUCUUUGUUGGCCAUCCAAAUUUACGUGAAUGGUUAAUUUCUGCAUUAAUUGGUUGUCAAUCUGAAGAAGCUAGGAGUCUAAUGGCGAAUAUGAUUCUUUGUUUCUGUAAAGAUAUUAAUAAUAAUAUAGUUAACAAUAAUGGAAUGUCAACUGACGAAUCAAUGAAUCAGAAUCAUCAGGUUUCAAUUUCACCUGUUCUUGAUCAAUUUUCAUUGAUAUUAUGGUCGUUCUUGCCCGAUGUAGAGAAUCAUGUUUAUACAAGCAAAGAAUAUUUUGAUUUAAUGGGUGAACUUAUGCCAUUCAUUACAAAAUCUAGUCUGAUUUCUUUGUCAUCUUUAUAUAAUGGCAUCAAAAAUCAAAUAAAACUGCAUCCAAUUCAGGAGCAAUUUAAUUCAUCAUGUGAAGAUACGGUUAUCAUUGGCUUAUUAAAAUUGAUGACCAUCUUGGUGUCUGAGCAUAAGGAAUUUAAAAAUAUUCUUGGCGAUGGCUUGCUUGAGAUGAUUUUUUAUGAUUGUCUUUUUGAAGUUCCAAAUAUUAACCACUCCAAUUCACUUCUUCCACCAAAGUGUAAACUUGAAGUUUCAAGAAAUGCUGCAUUAAAACUAUUAAAUGUACUAGUUCAUGAAUGUCCAGAAAAUUUUGUUCGUCUUACAGAUUUAUAUUUGAAACAAUUGGAUCGUGGUGAGCAAUUAAAUGAUAAUUGGAACUAUUGCCCUAAAUCAUGUCAGAAAUCUGUAGCUGGAUAUGUUGGAUUACAAAAUCUUGGUGCAACUUGUUAUGUGAACUCUAUAGUUCAGCAAUUUUUUAUGAAUUCCGAUUUCCGAAAAAGUUUAUUAGCUGCUCCUGUUAAUGAUGAAAACAAAGACGAUUCACUUCUUUAUCAACUUCAAAUUGUUUUUGGAUAUUUACAAGAAAGUGAAAAAAAAGCAUUUGAGGCAACACAAUUUUGCCAUGCCUACAAAGAUUAUGAUGGCCAGCCUUUGAAUGUCGCACUUCAGAUGGACGUGGAUGAAUAUUUCAAUGGACUUUUUGAUCGUUUAGAGAAUAGUGUUUCUGGAACACCUUAUUCGAUGCUUCUUAAAGAACAUUUUGGUGGUACGAUUGUUCAACAAAUAAAAUCAAAAAGUUGUGGUCAUAUUUCCGAGAAAGAAGAAUCAUUUUUCGCGAUACAAUGUGAAGUUAAAAAUAAAAAAAAUGUAGAGGAAAGUUUAGAACAUGAUGUUGAGGGAGAAUUGUUGGAUGGUGAUAAUCAAUAUUUUUGUGCUAAAUGCGGGAAAUCUGUAGAUGCAAUUAAAAGAUCAUGUAUUAAGAAAUUACCAAAAAAUUUGAUAAUGCAUUUGAAAAGAUUUGAUUUUGAUAUGGAACUGUUGAAACGUGUCAAGAUCAAUGAAUACUUUGAGUUCCCGAAUCGAAUAAACAUGGAACCAUAUACUUUGGAUUACCUGAUUAGAAAAGAAUUAGGAGGGGGAGCAGGGGUGGGAGUACAAGAGGAUAUCAAAUCAGAUAAACAGAACAAAUCACAAUUUGAAUAUGAGUUAGUUGGUGUUUUGGUUCAUACAGGAACUGCUGAUUCUGGUCAUUAUUACUCUUUCAUUAAAGAACGCAAAUCUGCACCAUCAUCAUCAUCGUCACACGAAAGUGAUGAAGAGAGACGCUGGUACCAGUUCAAUGACUCGACAGUUGAAAUUUUUGAUCCAAAAGACAUCCCUAAACAAUGUUUUGGUGGACCCGAAUAUGUUUCACAAUGGGAUCCAGCGCAACAAAAAAAUGUUACACGUGUGUUUGCUAAACAAUAUAAUGCAUACAUGCUAUUUUACGAAAGGUGUGAAGAUGUUCAGAAUAUUACUAGUUAUGAUGAGAUAAAUAAACAAGAAAAUCAAAUUGUUAAAGUUCCUGAUGACAUAUAUAGUGCAAUAUGGGAUGAAAAUAUCGGUUUUCUUCAAGAUAAAAAUAUUUUUGACCCGGGCUACUUUAAUCUUAUGUGGACUGUUCUUCACUCGGUAGAUUUUGAUAACGAGCAAAAGAUUUUAGUUGAUGGCAAAGAGAUUGAUUUGACGAUGCGUACAAUCCAGUUGGCUUCUGAAUUUGUUUUGGGGACAUUAUCACGUGCGAAAGAUAAUAUGGAACUUAAAGAUUGGACAGAUUUUCUUAAAACAUUAUUUCAAACUCAUUUGCCAGGAUGUCAAUGGUUUAUCAAUAGACUUAUUGAUCCCAGUCCAAACUACUUACAACAGAUAUUGAUGUCAUGUUAUGUUCAAGAGGUUAAAGAGCAAAUUGUUGAGUUGAUAGUUUUUGUCUUGAGAACUCUUAGACAAGGUGAUCCAAUCGUAUAUGGACUGGAAAGCGAGGGAGGGGUUAUUGAUAUGACAGCAACAACAAAUUUGGUUGAUGGAAUUUCCAUGAAUAUCGAUCCAUCAUCGUCAACUUCAAUACAAAUGUGCCAUGAUAAUGGAUUAAUAGUAAAAUUAUGUGAAGCGAUGUUCAAUCUAAUUCCCGCUGCACAUUUAUGGUGGAGGAAUUUUGAACAAUAUUUCUCUUUGAUGUAUCUCAUAUCAUAUUUUGGAGUACCUGAGCGUAAUUAUAUGAUAAAACGCGGAUUCAUAGGAGAAUUGGUUAAAUUAUUCCUUAUGGACGAGAUUGCACCAUUGAAAUCUCGUAAAAGAAAAAUGGGCGAUAAAUUUUCUUUGCCACCUUUCCGUUAUCUAUUAAUGACAUUGCGUACACUAAUAUCAGGAUGUGAUGUUUCUGAUAUUGGAAAAAGUGGACGUUCGUUACUAGUUGAGACGCAGAGCACCGCCAUGAGGUUGACAGAACAAGAAAUUUCAAUGAUAUUUGAACGUAAUGAAUCGGAUGAUCAAUUCAUAUUUUUUAUGAAACAAAUAAGAGAUUGUAUUGAUCCUCCGUCUACUGGAGAAUUGUUCGCACAUUUUGCUACUAAUAAUGAACACUUAUCGGAAGAAUUUUUAAGUCAAUUGAUUCGCGCUGCUGAUAUUUAUACAGUUGAUCACGUUAGACCACACCUGGAAAUUAUUUAUUCACUAACGCAAAUCCAGGAUAAUUUGUUAAAAUCGAGGAUUGAUUACACAAUCCCUGAAAUCUUGAAACUUGCAAAGGCUAAUCAAAGUGCACCGCAAAUUAGUUCAGAAUGUCUUGGAUUAAUUGAAGCUUUGUGCACAUCUAGUGUUGGAGCAUAUGUUCAAACUUUUCUUGUUACAUAUCUUUCAGAUUGGUUGCCCGAGUACUUUUUGUAUAGUCCGUAUGAAUUAGUCCGUCAAAGAGCCGAAGAAUUAUUUAAUCUUUUAAUAUUUCGUAAUAUAGAUGAAGCACAAGGGAGUCAAGCACAAAUGGAAGCAAUUGAAAUAAUGCAUAAACAAUAUCUUAUGUUGUUGAAACAUAUGGAGCAUUUAGAGACUUGUUGGAAAACUACUAGCAGUAGAAGAGGAGUGGCAGAUCCAUUUGGUUGGAGAUUGAGUAAUUAUUUCAGAAUAUUGACAAAAUGUGUUCGAUCGAACAAAGAAAAACAAAUGGAAAUAAUUAACUUUUGGUAUACUGUAUGUGAAGAUUAUCCACCAAAUAUAGAGGCAAUUGUUAAAAACCAAGAGUUAUUGUCUCACCUUUUCAUGUAUUAUGUUAGCAUGAUAUUUGGAGAUUUUUACGAUGAUCAUAAAACUGACGAGUUGUUGGAACUUUUGAAAAUGAGUGCUGAUGAAUCGGCACUUUUCAGAUCUCGAAAUUGGGACCAAAAUGCAUCUUCUUUAGCUAAUAUGCCCAUAAUACGCAUACAAAGGCUUCAUCAGUUAAUUAAUCGAAAUACUGUUGAUGAUUUACAUGCAUUUUGUAAAUACCAUGGAUUUGAAACAUUAUCACAGUUUAUUAUAAAAGACAGAUAUCUAAAUGAAGAGAAUGUUCUUAAAUGUAUGGAGAUGCUACAUGCUUAUUUGCAUCUUGCAUGUUCAUUGGAAGAGGGUAAAGAAUAUGUGAAAGCAUGGAAAACACGCUUAGAAUUUGCAGCUUCACUUUUAACAUCUUUGCAUCCAAAUAUGGACAAUAAAAUUUACCUUAGAACAUUAGACAUUCUAUGCCUAUUCUUAAAAAUGAAAUGUAAUUCUGAACUUGUUAGAGAUUGCUUAAAAUUAUUGAUCGAAGAACAUUCCAAAUGGCAAAAUAGAUUAUCUAGUCUUACGAAAGAAGAUUUACUUUUAAAUUUUGGUGGUAAUCAAUCAAUUUUUCAACGUCUAAAAUUAUUUGAAGAAGAAACUGAAACAAUAUAG